UGGCGGCCAACAUAAUACAACAUUUUGCCAAGCGUCAAAAAAAUCCAGUUUUCGCUUUUAUUCGUCAAGUUUAUUUGUUUGGAAGAAGGAAAAACACGUAUAAGAGUCAUAGUAAGAUUUUUCUUUCUUGGACAAGGUUGCAAAGUAAAAACUGGUAUUUUAUGUUCCCUGCUCCACCACUGGUUGCAUUCAGCUUAUUUGGAGCCACAUCAAAAGUUGAAUCGAAAAAGGAAGUCAGCGAUGAAGAACUGGCCAUCAUUGAAUCUGACAGACUCUUUGAUACCAAUGAAAUAAAUGACUUGUACAAGCUACUGUCUAAAUACCGAGAGAGUAAAAAUGCAGAUAUUUUGUGGAAGUUGGCUAGAGCUGCAAGGAAUAAAGCUGAGUUGUGUAAGAAUUAUGAUGAUAAAAAAGCAUUCACUUUUGAAGCCUUGGAUUUUGCUAAACGAUCAGUUGAAUUGGAUGACAGCAACUUUGCUUGCCAUAAAUGGUAUGGGAUAACUCUGAGUAAUGCAGGAGACUUUGAAGGAACCAAGGUUAAGAUACAGAAUGCCUACAAAAUAAGAGAUGAAUUUCAGAGAGCAAUAGAGCUCAACUCCACAGAUCCUACGUGUAGAUAUUUAUUAGGUCUAUGGUGUUUCACAUUUGCUGAUAUGCCUUGGUAUCAACACAAGAUCGCAGCUGCCAUCUUCUCAACCCCGCCAUCUUCAACAUAUCGAGAGGCACUUGAUCAUUUUGAAAUGGCUGAAUCACUUCAGGCAGAUUUCUUCUCCAAGAAUCACCUGAUGAUCGGUAAAACAAAUCUGAGGCUGAAAAAGAAAGAAGAAGCAAAAAUAUGGCUGAGCAAAGCUGCCAACUGCAUAUGUAAAACUGUAGAUGACGAACAGGCCAAAGCAGAAGCCGAGGAGCUGUUAAAGACCAUCUAAGCGUAACUUUAUUUAUCAUUUUACUUAUCUUUACAUUUAAUUUCUACUAUUAGUUAUAAAUGGGUUUAAGUAUAUUAUCUUUCUUGCUAAAUUCAUACAAUUUCAGUGAAAAAAUAAAUCGUUCAUGGAUCACUACUCAUACGACUCAAUCAGACGGUCAGUCAUUCAAAAGGUCGGACAAUCGGUCGGUCAGUCAGACAGUCGGCCAUAAGGUCGGACAAUCGGUCGGUCAGUAAGACAGUCGGCCAAAAGGUCGGACAAUCGGUCGGUCAGUAAGACAGUCGGCCAAAAGGUCGGACAAUCGGUCGGUCAGUAAGACAGUCGGCCAAAAGGUUGGACAAUCGGUCAGUCAGUAAGGCAGUCCGCCAAAAGGUCGGACAAUCGGUCGGUCAGUAAGACAGUCGGUCAAAGAGUCGGACAAUGGGUCGGUCAGUAAGACAGUCGGUCAAAGAGUCGGACAAUGGGUCAGUCAGUAAGACAGUCGGUCCAUUUUAUUGUGUUUAUUGAUAACCUACCGGGGGAAAAAAAAAAAUGUUAUAAAUACGCGAGGAACUGAACACUGUCGUGAGGGUUUUUGAUUUAGCGCGCGGGGUUCCUGUGUACGCAAAAAGCGCGCGAAAAAGUUGUCUCACGGCGCUCGCGCCCGCGCCGCUUUAGGUGACGUCGCGGACACGGUUCAUCGAUGGCACACUCCACGGCUGGAAACCGAGCUACGACCCGUCAAUUAUAACUUGACCUGCGAAGUGUUCUCCGCGAAGAGAAUCAAUUGCAAACAUUCCAAGAGUUUGUAAGCUUUUCAAGAAGAAGCGAGAAAGUUGAAGAGUGAAGAACUAGAGGUUUUGAGUAGUGAGAUGAAGCGCUUGAAGGAUAGCUUUCAGUGACUAUGUUUGACGAUGUCAUACCUGACAGUUCAACUUAUCUCCAUCUUUAUAAGAGAUUUAGAUAUUAUUGCGGUUUAUUAUGGGUUGUGUUGUAAAGGCGGUCGUUCAAAAUAAACAAACUAUCACAACC